UAAAUAUUUCCGUCGUAAUGAAAGACUUAGAGGACGUACAGAUGGAGGACAUAAAAUCUAUUUUAAUAAUACUCCAAUAUUAGAGAGCAUAGAUAAUCAAAUGUUGAAUAGAUCAUUUAAUAGUCAAAUGUUAGAUAGCAUAGAUAAUAUUCAAAGGAUUGAUGCAAAGAUUGGAGAUUACGUUAUCGUGAUACCAACAUCAACCACGGGUGCUACUUUAUUUGGUAUACCUAUAGCCAAAAGUUCCAUACAUCAAUUUA